ACAACAGGAUAUUCAGUGAUUGGCCCCUAAACCUGCCCUAAACACUAGUAGUAUAUUUAUAUAUAGAGAGAGAGAAUCUUACAUGGGUGUUCCUCUCUGUUAGUAAAACCUUUUCUUUGAAAGUCCCUCAUGGCGUGUGACCAAGAGCACAGUUCAUGCUGCACCCAUCCAUGUUCUGCACCGAGUGUUUAUCAAACCUUGGAUGAGAUGGACUUUGAAAGAGGUAUCUGGUGUGCUGCAAUGGACGGUGACAUGGACAGGGUGAAAUCCCUGAUAAAGACGGGUGUUGACCCCAACCUGAGGGACUCCUCCAGAUACACCGCUCUGCACUACGCCAGUCGCAGCGGGCGCCUUGAUGUGUGCGCCUUCCUCCUCCAAAGCGGCGCCUGCACGUCUCCCCAGACGCCAGGGGGCGCCACACCGCUCCACCGUGCAGCUUACUGCGGUCACCUGGACGUGGUGGGGCUCCUGCUCCGCCACGGGGCAGACCCGCGGCUCUGUGACGACGACGGAGCGUCCCCGCUACACAAGGCAGCCGAGCGCGGCCACACGGACGUGUGUGAGCUGCUCCUCCAGCACUUCCCCGCACUCCGUAGCCUUGCCAACAAGAAGUUCCAGCUACCUCACCAGGUGGCCCUCGACGGCCCCCUGCAGGGGCUCCUGAGACCCCCGUCAUGACCCCCUCUGCGCUGACCACUGGCCCCAGGGGGUCAGGCGUUGAACUAGAACCGAGCACAGAAGGGAUGACCGGGGAAGAAGCAGGCGUCCACGGCCCUGCUUGUGCUGGACUGUGAUGGUGGUCCUGGAGCGAAACAGGAUUCCUGACAAACUGCUGCUAUAAGACCCGUUAAACAAUUGUAUUUAUUGAAAGUUGUUUCCAUUGUGUUAUCCUUUAAUUCCACCCAGUAAUUUAGUGGUUAUUUUAAUUAAAUGACAUACCUAGAAACCGACCAGUGUGUAAGUAGUAAAUCGUCGUCAAGUCUCAUUGUUGGAAGGCGUAAAGUGUAAAAAUAAAACCAAUGUAAAG